GGCUUCCGCUUCCGGGUGGCGCGUCACCGUGGCGCGUUCUUGAAGCUCGGCGGUGGCCAUGGAGUUGUUGGCCGAGUACGUCGGGCAGGAAGGUCAGCGACAGCAGCUGCGGGUGCCCUGUGAGGCGCCGGACGUCGCCGACCCUUUCCAGGGCUUGUUGUCGGGCGUGGCUAAGAUGAGGGAGCUGGUGACCGACCUCCUCGGCUCCCCGGUACAGCGGGAAGCACAGGACCGGGUGGCGGCGGCUCCAGACGAGGCGUUGGACGGUGAUGAUGAAGAUGAUGCAGAAGAUGAAAAUAACGUUGAUAACAGAACUAACUCAGAUGGACCAUCUGCAAAACGGCCAAAAACACCAACUUAACUGUAGCUUUUAUGAAAUUUAAAAGACUGCUACGAUAUCUUAUUUAUCACACACUGACAUUUAAGGAAGACUUGUGCUCUAAUUUGGAAAGCAUUUGUUUUGUUCCCCUGGGACAAUUUUUUCAAAGAAGAAACUUUUCUGUUGUUUCCAUCAAAGAAAGAUAGAAUAAAUGUUUAGAAAGGAAUCUUUUUUCUUGAGUGAGAAGUAAGUUUCAGACCAUGGAGAUAAAAUAGACAUUUAAUAAUGU